AUGAGCUCUGGAUCCACCGGUGGGACGGUUACCACGGCGAGCGGCCAGUAUUACUCUCUCGAGAGCUGUAUCAGCGCCUGUACCGCAGCUGGAACGGCCACUUGUCUUGUUGCCUACUGGGCUUCGCAGAUCAGAACAUGUUAUCUCUACAGUAGGGUCAACACUGGCGGCGUGUCUGGUUUGGCUGGCGGGCAAUCCCCAGCUAAGAUUGUGGGUAGCGGUGUCCGGACUGCACGGCUCCUCACUGGCCAGCCGGUUCCAAAUGUGGUCGACGCAACCUAUCUUCUUGCUCCGGGCGCCGAUCUAGGUCUCUGCAACAACAACAAUUAUCAGUUGGCCUUCAUCGGCGUGUAUUACAAUGGCUUGACUGGUACAGGGCCGGCGACGAUCAACAACAAUCGAGACAACAUCUGGUAUGUGUCUUGCGGUUCCUCAUUCCAGAACUCGCAGUCAGGAACCCAGCUGAUCCCAGCCUAUUCUGUCGGCACCCCAAUCUUUGGCUUCACCUCAGCCCCGGCCACGGCGGACGACUGUGCAAGAGUCUGUCAGUCCUAUCACAGUGCCUUCCUUGCGUCCGGCGGCCAGGACUGCCAGCUCUGGCAGUUCGCGCCUACAGCAAGUACCCAAUGUCAAUUAUAUCCUUCGUAUGCCGGGAUUGCCAAUGGGGCGAGCCCAGGGACCCUCAAGGAUGGAAACAACAACAACAUCUUCGCCGCCGGCCUCCUCCGGGGUAAUUCUGCGACGGAAUUCUCUUCGCAGGCACAAUAUAAAAAGCGAUCUUUACCUGCAGGGAUGGAGUAUUCCCGCCGUCAUGCCCGGGAUUCUCUGAUCGAUGACGGAAGUGUUCCAGAUGUUGUCCUGAAAUUCGACCAGGGGACUGGCAACUGGACCGAAUCAUGGUGA